UUUCAUUCGCUCGCGGGAGCGUCGCUUGUCGAGAACGUCGCCGUUUUCGUAAUUUUAUCCUUUCGUCAUUUUCAUCAUCGUCUCUAUAAAACGAAAUUACACUUUCUUCGCGCGUUUCCAAGUUUCGCUUUUUCAAUCAACGAUGCAUUAAAACAACCAUUUAAAUUUUAUUGUUCUAAUUUGUUUGCUAAUUUAUCCGCCGAAAUUGAAGAAUUAUGGAAACAUCAUUAAAAGAUCGUGAUAAAGUCGGAGUGCAAGAUUCGGUUUUGCUAGAGGACUACACCAACGAGGACGUCUUCGUGAACAAUUUGAAGAAACGCUUCUCAGAGAACUUGAUAUACACAUAUAUUGGACCCGUAGUCAUUUCAGUAAAUCCUUACAAGGAAUUAAAUAUUUACACGACAUCUGUAAUAAAGGAAUACGAAAAUAAGCAUUUCUUUGAGAAUUCUCCACACGUAUUCGCGGUAACCGAUGCGGCUUACACAUCUUUAAAAGAAGAAAACAUCGAUCAAUGCAUUUUGAUAUCAGGCGAGUCCGGGUCGGGGAAGACCGAAGCCUCGAAGAAAAUCUUACAGUACAUAGCCGAAGUGACGGUUCACAAGGGCGAAGUCGAUAGGGUCAAGGACAAAUUGUUACAGUCGAAUCCGGUCUUGGAGGCUUUCGGAAACGCUAAAACAAAUCGAAAUGAUAAUUCGAGUAGAUUUGGGAAAUAUAUGGAUGUACAAUUUAAUGUUUUGGGUGAUCCUGUUGGAGGUGAAAUUCUUAGUUAUUUAUUGGAAAAAAGCAGGGUGAUCUAUCAAGUUGCUGGUGAAAGAAAUUUCCAUAUAUUUUAUCAAUUAUUAUCUGGUGGAUCGGACUCAGAAUUAGAAAGCUUAAUGUUAAAAAGAUCAACAAAGGAAUAUCAUUACCUUCAUGAUAACGAAAACGCUCAUGUUGAUUCGUUAGAUGAUAAAAAAGGAUACGAUGAAGUCCGUAAAGCUUUAAACAUAACCGAAUUUUCAAGCGAAGAACAAACCUCUAUGUUUAAAAUAAUCGCAAGUAUUUUACAUCUGGGAAACGUAACCUUUAAGGAAGACGAAAAUAUUACUAAAGUCGAAAAGAUGACUCCAAUCGAGAAUAUUUCUAAAUUAAUUGAAUGCAACGUUGACAAGAUCGUUCAUGCUUUAACUCACAGAACGAGAGAAGCCAGAGGAGACGUUGUAGUCUCUCCUUUGGAUAAAGAAAUGUCUAUUUACGCAAGGGAUGCUUUGGCGAAAGCGGUUUAUGAUAGACUUUUUAGUUGGCUCGUUUCGCGACUAAACGAUUCGUUAAUGACUGACGAUAUAAGAAGGAUUCGGGUCAUGGGUAUAUUGGACAUUUACGGUUUUGAAGUCUUUCAAAAGAAUAGUUUCGAACAACUUUGCAUCAAUUUCUGCAAUGAAAAACUUCAACAAUUAUUCAUCGAAUUAACGUUACGAUCCGAACAAGAAGAGUAUUUAAAAGAAGGAAUCGAAUGGCAACAUGUUGAAUAUUUUGAUAAUAAAGUUAUUUGCGAUUUAAUUGAAGAAAGACAUAAAGGAAUUAUUGCUUUAAUGGACGAGGAAUGUUUAAGGCCGGGAGAACCAACGGAUAAAACAUUAUUAGCGAAAAUGAAUAUAAACUUAGGCGGACAUGAUCAUUAUCUUUGUCAUCAAAGAGCAGAUAUUCAAACUCAAAAAAUUAUGGGAAGAGAUGAAUUUAGACUGCAACAUUACGCUGGACCAGUAACAUAUAGUAUUAAUUCCUUCAUUGACAAAAACAACGAUUUACUUUUUAGAGAUUUAAAAGAAGCAAUGGCUGAAUCCAAAAAUUCUAUUGUUAGUCGUUUAUUCCCUGAAUCUGAGUUAAACUCAAAGAAACGUCCCGACACUGCAAUUACUCAAUUUAAAAAUUCUUUAAAUAAUUUAAUGGCAAUAUUAAAAACGAAAGAACCGAGUUAUGUUCGUUGCAUAAAACCAAACGAUUAUAAAAAAGCCGGAGUAUUUGACAUUGAUUUGGUAAAACAUCAAGUGAAAUAUCUUGGAUUGAUGGAAAAUUUGAGAGUACGAAGAGCUGGUUUUGCGUACAGAAGAGCUUACGAACUCUUUUUAAAACGUUAUAAAUGUUUAUCAAGAGAAACGUGGCCUAAUUAUCGAGGACCAGCUAAAGAAGGCGUUCAAACUUUGGUUGCUUGUUUAGGUUAUGAUCGUGAUGAAUACAGGAUGGGAAAGACAAAGAUUUUUAUAAGGUUCCCAAAAACUUUAUUUGACACAGAAGACGCCUUCCAAGCUAAAAAACAUGAUAUAGCAGCAAUUAUUCAAUCAAAAUAUAAAGGAAUACUUCAAAGAAGGAAAUAUUUAAAAAUGAGACAAGCUGCUAUUAUUGUGCAAAAAUAUAUGAGGAGACAUUUGGCUAAAAAAGAAGCUGAAAGAAGAAAAGCUGCGGUUCUUGUUAUUAGAAAAUUCAUUAAAGGAUUUAUAACAAGAAAUGGGCCAGUUAACGACUGUAACAAAGAUUUCGUUGAAAUGGCAAAACGGAAUUGGUUGAUAAGACUAUCAAAAAGUCUUCCAACGAAUAUUUUAAAAAGAACCUGGCCACCAUGUCCACACAGUUGUAGAGAGGCAUCAGCGCAUUUGGAAAAAUAUUACGCCUCUCAUAUGUCAAGGGUUUAUCGCAAAAAAUUAACCCCCGAAAGAAAAUUGGCAUUUGAACAAAAGAUUUUGGCUGAAAAAUUAUUUAAGGGUAAAAAAGCGAAUUAUCCCGAAAGUCUUCCGCAUUGGUUUGUAACUAAUAGAUUAUCAGCGCCUGAUAUUUCGAUUGAUACCAUUUUGGAUGAGAAACAAAGGUACUGUUCACCUGUUAUAAAAUACGAUCGGCGUGGCUUUAAAGAAAGGGAUCGUAUCAUGGUGGUUACUAACAAUUCAUUUUGUUUAAUCGACCCUAAACCAAAACAACUAAAAAUGAAACAUAAAUUUCCUUUGGAUAAAUUGGAAUUUAUUAUUUCACCAGAAUUAAAUAGCUUCGUAUUGGUAAAAAUCCCAGAUGAAAUGAAAAAAGCUGAUAAGGGCGAUUUAAUUUUAAAAGUGCCUCAUUUAAUCGAAGCGUUAACUUUAACCGUUGACAUCACUAAGAAGCCUGAAAAAAUUAUUUUUGCUAAAACUGACACGAUUGAGUAUGUUAAACCAGGUAAACCUGGCAAGAUUGAUUUUAGUGUAGGAGCCCAAGAAAACUUUUCUAAAGAUAAAAAGAGUGGAAAUUUACUUAUUAUUAGUCGUAGCACUGUUAGUCUUAAUAAUAUUUAAUAAAAACAUAAUGAAAAGAAUAUCUAUUGGAUUUGGUAAAGAAAAAGAACUUGGAAAGAAGAUAUUGUUAAAACUGUGCCAUUUUUAUGUUCAAAAAAAUUUCUUUUUGUAUAGAUGAUGGGAAUGAAAUGUAUUAUAAAUAUUAUUAUUCAUUUUAUU